AUGGAAGAAGAAAAUUCUAUGAUUAAUAAUAAUAAUAAUAAUAAUAGUAAUUCAAAUGAAAUUGUGCAAAUAACGUCAUUAUCAAAUUCUCGUCGUUUACAAAUCCGUCGAGGCAUUUUAGGACAAGCUACAGCUUUACGUUCAACACCAUAUAAUUCAACAUUAUCAAAUUUAAGGCGACGACAACAUACAUCUCUAAUAUCUUCUCAAACGAUAAAUAAUUUAAUAACUAAUAUUGAUAAUAAUAAUAGUAAUAAUAUUCAAACUAAUGUUAAUACAUCAUCUAUUGAACAAGAUGAUAUUGAAAUGUUCUUACCAGAAAAUGAAAUAGUACAAAAUAAUUUUCUUGUUACAUCUGAUGAUGAAUAUGAUAAUGAAAAUUUUGAAGUAUUAGUUGAUUUUUCAAAUGCAUCACCGAUUGAUUUAACUAUUGCAAAUGGUAAGUUUAUAUUGAAUAUUAAUAUCUAUAUUAGAUUAGAAUCUAAUUAUAUAUUUUAUAUUUCUAAAGAAAAUAAUAAUUCAAAUAAUGAACAAAAUCAAUCUUAUCAUUCAUUAUCAACUAUUGAUUUUGAUCCAGAUGAUGAUGAUGAUCAUCGUUUUUAUUAUACAUCAACAUCAAUACCAAUUAUUGAUUAUUCAUCAUCAUCAUCAUCAUCAUCAUCAUCAUCAACAACAACAACUGAACCAUUAAUUAUUCAUAAUAAUCCGAUUGAUAUGACACAACAUCGAUAUUAUGAUGAAUAUACUCCAUCAAUAAAUAAUAAUUCAAAUAAUAGUGAAGAUUUAAGUAUUGAGAUUAUAUUAGAAACUCCACAAAAUAAUACAUUAACAACAGCACCAAGACGAAGACGUUCGAUUAUUUCAUCAAAUAUUCGAAAUAAUCAAGGUUUACGUUUAUCAGAUAUAUUAAGUAUACCACAAAAAAUGUAUAGUUCAUUAAAAGAACAAUAUAAUGAUAAAUAUCAACAAACAAUUAUGAUUAAUACACAAUGCUAUAUUUGUUUAGAAGAUUUUCAAUCAGUUGAUUCAAUUAAAAUACUUAAUUGUCAACAUGUUUUUCAUAGGUAUUUUGUUUUGAUUUUAAAAAAACUCAAUUAUUUUGUUAUUAAUUUUUUGAGUGAAUGUAUUAAUGAAUGGUUACGUUGCCAUUCAAAUUGUGCUUAUUGUCGAACACCAGUUCUUAUUGAUAUAUUACGAUCAUCAUCAACAACAACAACACGACGUCGACAAAGAACACGUGUAAGACGAAAUCAUAAUACUCUUACAGGAUCUCCUACAAAUAAUUCACUUCAACCAAUUUCUAUCGAAUCUUCGACAUUUCAACAAGAAUAA